AUGCUGCCUUCGAGUGGACACAAGCCGUUUGUGCCGCCACGGCUAGCUGAGGAAGACGAGUCGAAGAUGACAGACCUUACGGAGCCAACGAGCCCACCCAGAGUGAACCAGCUGUCCUCAGACUCCAACAGCAUAGUGUCUCCUCUUCGCCGCCUUGCGCGGGUCGCAGAAACCCAAGCGCAGUGCGACUUGGAUGAGGUUGUGCUUGCGGGCAAGAGGAUGGAUGCCAGAGUUGAAACGGCAAAUCUUGCUGCUUCCUGCGUCUCUGCGUUGAAGGCAUGCCAAGGCGUGGAAGAGAAACCGGACACGAUGGCAAUCGAAAUCAAUGAGAACAGCACGUUUGCUUGGCUUUAUUUGCUUCUCAUGGUGGUUUACAAGAAUAGCUUGCGGCAACAGACAUCUCCGCAGACCGUUCAGGAGAAGUACACGCAAGCGCGGUCAGAUUAUACCGGUGCGGCAGAUGAUUGUGGUUCUCUUGGAGUCUACUUGAAGUCUAUUUGGCCUGAGCAGCAUGAACUUUGGCCAAUCCUAUCAAUGCAGAAAUCACUCGAUCGCGUGUCUAUGAGCUUGCGGGUGAAGACGCGCAAAUCGACAUCGAUUAACAAACUGGAUAGCAUGACAAAGCCUGCAGAAAUGUGGGCUUUCUACAAAUCUGCAUUAUCAUCUUCGAUGCGAAGCAACUCUCCCGUGUCAUCUUCGGUGCUAAAGCGCCUGGAAUUUGCGAUGGAUGAGUUCGCUGCGCAUUACUCCAAGACAACGAAUCCCGCAGCAGUUGGCAUGGUUCAUGUUAUCCCUUUCCGCAAGGCUACCGGAGAGAUGAUCUUUAAGGCCAUCUCGCAAGAGCAAGAUGUGAGUACGAGUUUUGGUGGCCGCAAGAAUGGCGGUCUAUGUGAAAUCUAUCGCGAGACCGCCAAGGUCCUCGCCCUGACCCCGGCCUCGGCUGCUAGUUUGAUGGUGCUCAGAGGCCGGGGCCCGGCUCAGGCAUUCAACGACUUGACUGUCCGAGUGCUCCAAGCGUGCAAUCAACAAGCCUUAGAAGAGAAGUCAGAAAGAGGCCUUCGUCUUCGUGACCUUCCUGGACGCGUACAUCUUCGAUCAUCCUCGUGCUCAUCCAAAGCUUCUUCCUCGCCACCGUCUUCGAGAUCUUCAAGUGCAGGCCCGAUCCCUGUCGAGAACCCCGACCGAGGUUCUGACGAGAUGAAGAUGCUAUCUGGAAGUGAGAAGUUGUGUUGCUGCGAGGUCAAUUGUCCGUCUUGCAACUGUAAGGCUUCCCAGCUCCUUUACUUCCCCCACACGGGCUGCGACGCCUUCGCCGUUGUGCAGCGUCGACCAGCGUUGCAGGGCUGUGCGAGUGCAAGCUUGCGGUGUAGGUGGCAGUCUCGGCGGAAGCAUUGCAAGCUACAGAUCAGUGGCAUCGUGCCGCCUUUGUUGCCCCCACCGGGCCCACCAGCAGCCGGACCACCGCGGCUACCACCUUCCGGCGAGGACAACAGUUCACGCAAUCGCAGUCCAGCCCGGCGUCCUUGCUAG